UCCGAGGGCCCCUGAAGGCUCCGGAGCCUCCAGCGGAAACCAGCUGAGGCAGGUCGAGAAGACAAGAUGGCGCAGUGAGCGGGCGGCGCUUUGUGCGGACGGUCCAGACCUCGAAAAAAAGACUAAACAAGUCCAGAAGGACGGUCCGAAUACCACCACCGCCUUAGCAGCGGCCCGGUUAUCGCGCUUGCCCCCGGGGAGGGAGGAGGUUGGAGCCUGUGUGAGCCCUGGUCCGUGUGAAGCCGUUAGCUCGAUGCUAGCGGCGGAUCGACGGCAGUUGUUGUUGUCGAAGGCCCGCGGUUCGGUCGGCUUUGGUUCGGAUUAACGUCGAGUUGUACCGUCACAGGGCCCGUGUUUUGGUCUGGAUCUAAACCAAGCAUAAAGAACCCGAGGUCAACAGCGCAUGAUUGAGCGGAACCUUCCCAGAAGAUCAGGUUUUGUCUUUUUUGUUUAAGUCGGAGCCCGACCAGCAGAACUCCGACAAUAUCCGGACCAACACGUCUCUGUGUCCAACUGGCACGCCUCAUUUUCGGGCUAAUUUGGUGUUGUUAAGUGUUGGAUAUCAUGGCGAGCAGCAGCGGCUCCAAGGCCGAGUUCAUCGUCGGGGGAAAGUACAAGCUGGUCCGGAAGAUCGGUUCCGGCUCUUUCGGGGACAUCUACUUGGCUAUCAACAUAACCAAUGGGGAGGAGGUGGCCGUAAAGCUGGAGUCCCAGAAGGCCCGACAUCCGCAGCUCCUGUACGAAAGCAAACUCUACAAGAUCCUGCAGGGCGGCGUGGGCAUCCCGCACAUCAGGUGGUACGGUCAGGAGAAGGACUACAAUGUUCUAGUCAUGGAUCUGCUGGGACCCAGUCUGGAGGACCUUUUCAACUUCUGCUCUCGCCGCUUCACCAUGAAGACAGUUCUCAUGCUGGCAGACCAGAUGAUCAGCAGAAUUGAAUAUGUGCACACAAAGAACUUCAUCCACAGAGACAUCAAACCAGACAACUUCCUCAUGGGCAUCGGGCGUCACUGUAACAAGUGUUCAGACUCGGCAGUGGGGAAGAGGAAAAGAGGCGUGGCUGUUAGCUCUUCUCAGGACCCACCUUUCUCAGGAUUAAACCAGCUCUUCCUUAUCGACUUUGGUUUGGCAAAGAAGUACAGAGACAACAGGACCCGACAACACAUCCCCUACAGAGAAGACAAGAACCUGACGGGCACUGCUCGCUACGCCUCCAUCAACGCACAUCUGGGCAUCGAACAGAGUCGCCGUGACGACAUGGAGUCGCUCGGCUACGUGCUGAUGUACUUCAACAGAACCAGCCUGCCAUGGCAAGGGCUUAAGGCUGCCACAAAGAAACAGAAGUAUGAGAAGAUUUCGGAAAAGAAAAUGUCCACCCCUGUAGAGGUCCUUUGUAAGGGCUUCCCAGCAGAGUUUGCCAUGUACCUGAACUACUGCCGUGGCCUGCGCUUUGAAGAGGCUCCAGACUACAUGUACCUGCGUCAGCUGUUCCGCAUUCUGUUCAGGACCCUAAACCACCAGUAUGACUACACGUUCGAUUGGACCAUGCUGAAGCAGAAAGCCGCCCAGCAGGGUGCCUCCUCGGGGGGCCAGGGGCAGCAGGCACAAACCCCCACAGGCAAGCAAACUGACAAAUCCAAGCCUAACAUGAAAGGGUUCUAAAAGGCAAGCCUGAUCCAAACUGCUGUGGUGAGCAGGACCAGUGGGCUCCGAGCGCCCCCUGGUGGUUGAGCGUCUCUCCUUCCAUCAUCCCUGUCUGUCAUGGAAACGUGUAGAUCUGCACACGCUCAGUUUUGUCAUCGAUAUUUUCAGACCUGUAUGAAUCACAAAUCCUUUGGAAAAAUGUUUUUUUAGGAUCUGGAGGCUGUAGCCCCCCACCUUCCCCCCUCCCUCUGCGGUUAGUUCAGGCGCAGGCGGUCAGCUGACUGGUGUUGGUCGCCGUGGAAACGCCUCAACUCCUCCCCUUUUAGCAGGCGGAUGGAAAAGCUGUAACUUUGGCCUCUUCCUCUGUUUCUGAAUGAUUGAUGAGCCCUGGAUGUUUCUUUAAAAACUGUCGGGUUUUCUUUUGUUUCUAUGGUGAUUAAGAGUUUGCUGCCCCCUACUGGCAGCAGUUGGAGCUGAAUGACACUUUUGCUUUUCCCUCUAGAACUGAAUUAUUAAGUCUGUUGUAAAACUUCUGGUCUUCUCCAAAAAUGCCAAUAAAAACCUUACUUAACUCA